AUGAUCAAGAUUACGAGUCUCACAGUGCGUGCUUUGUUCUCUGUGACUGCAUUGGUUAUUACCUUGCCGGUAAUCGCAGACUCACCGGGAUCCUCUCUCUAUCAACGAGCAGCAACAAAUGAAGUUAAUAGCUAUGCCCGCGUCAUUGAGCUCCAGCAUGCCGGCGAUAUGAAUGGCAAGCUGUUGGCUACUUGGGAACACUGGUAUGUGGAUAACACCACAAUGGCUAUCAACUCCUCUAAUGGAACCGCAGGCAACUUCAUCACUCAGGAGAGUGACAAGGAAGGUGGCACAAUCCUUCUCAUUGGUAAUCUGUGCAAUGGCACCAAUACCCAGUUUUUCUCCUGGAGAUCCCAAAAUCAUGGAAAGACAUGGGAUGCUGUGGGAGCAUGGGAACACGGCGGCGCAACUUAUAGUGGUGGUAGUGGGAUCUGGGAGCCUUUCCUCUAUCUAGACAGUCAGGGCAGACUUCUAGCAGUCUUUUCCAACGAGCGAAACAGAGCAGACAAUGGUCAGAUACUGGCCCAUCUUAUCUCCACAGACGGCGGUGACGCUUGGGACAAAGGAACCUUUACUCCAGAUGUAGUCAGUUCAAGGAGUAAAGAUCGUCCUAGAAUGACCACCAUGGCCAAAAUGGACAAUGGGGAGUACUUUAUAAGCUAUGAGUUCUGUACAAAAGUCAAUGCCAACUGCACAGUUCAUGGGAAGACAUCAGCAGACGGCAUUAACUGGAACAAGAUUAACAUGGGAAAUCCGAUUGCGACUGCUGACAGUAUCACCCUCUAG